GCCGACAACAAGCCUGACGUCAAGUUCAAGGACCUUGUCCAAGCGCCCCCGCCCGGCAUGGCCUAAUUUGCGCGUAGGCUUAAAACCGCCGAGCGCGCGUCUCUCUCCCUCUCUGUCUCUCUUGCUCCGCAGUAGUUGUGUGGCGUCGGUUCGGGUUUUUUCCACGUCCGGGUCCUAGCCCAGCAUUCAAGAUGCCAGGCAUCCUGAAUUUUGUCACACUGGCCCCAUCCAGGCUAAACCUAUCUUCUACCUAUUGUUCUGCUCGAGGCUUUUGUACUAGUUUAAAGCGGUUUCAAAGAGCGGCCCCUGCUGUUUCCAAUGCCUCCAAAGCAGCCUCUGAGAUCCAAGGAAUCCCUUACAGCAAGUUGACCAUAGGAGUCCCCAAGGAGACCUGGAGCAACGAACGCAGGGUCGCUCUCACUCCAGCUGUUGCAGCUGCUCUAAUUAAAAAAGGGUAUACUGUAAAUGUAGAAGAUAGUGCUGGAUUAGGUGCCAAGUUUAGGAAUGAAGAUUACGCUUCUGUUGGGGCUAAUGUUGUUGAUAGAAACAAAGCUUAUGGCUCAGACAUAAUUUUAAAAGUUCGUCCCCCACAAGAUUCAGAACUUUCAUCUCUCAGGGAAGGGUCCACCCUCAUUUCCUUCCUCUAUCCUGCGCAGAAUAAAUCCCUCGUAGAACAGCUGGCAAAGAAACAAAUUAAUGCUUUCGCCAUGGACUGCAUUCCUCGUAUAUCUAGGGCUCAGGUCUUUGAUGCCUUAAGUUCUAUGGCUAAUGUGGCUGGUUACAGAGCAGUUGUUGAGGCCUCUAACCAUUUCCCAAGGUUUUUUGCAGGGCAAAUUACUGCUGCUGGCAAAGUGCCUCCAGCCAAAGUUCUUGUGAUUGGUGGUGGUGUGGCUGGACUUGCAGCUAUAGGUCAGGCCAAAAAUAUGGGAGCAAUUGUAAGAGGAUUUGAUACCCGCUCCGCAGUCAAGGAGCAGGUGGAGUCUUUGGGUGCUGAAUUCCUGGAAGUUAAUAUUAAGGAAGAGGGUGCUACAUCUGGUGGAUAUAGUAAGGAGAUGUCUAAGGAAUUCAUUGAGGCAGAAAUGGCUCUGUUCGCUAAACAGGCUAAAGAGGUUGAUAUUAUUAUUACAACUGCUCUAAUUCCUGGUCGUCCUGCUCCAAAAUUAAUUUUAAGAGAGCAUGUUGAGUCUAUGAAGCCUGGGAGUGUCAUUGUGGAUUUGGCUGCUGAAACAGGAGGAAAUGUAGAAACCACUCGCCCUGGUGAAGUGUACACGUACAAGGAUGUAGUUCAUAUUGGUUUAACAGACUUGGCAUCAAGACUGCCAACUCAAAGCUCUACUCUUUAUGCCAACAAUAUUUCUAAGUUUCUCCUGUCCAUGGGCCACAAGGAUAAUUUUGAAAUUGAUCUGGAAGAUGAAGUUGUCCGUGGAAGCAUUGUGCUGCAAGAUGGCCAGCUGAUGUGGCCUCCCCCAGCAAAGGCAGCCCCUCCUCCCCCUCCAGUAUCCGCUGCAAAGGUGGAAGCUGCAAAGGCCAUUGAACCAGACUACUUCAUGAAUAAUCUCAAGGAUGCUGCAAAAUAUAGUGCAGGUUUGGGCAGUCUUGUAGCCCUGGGUGCAGCUUCUCCCAAUGCAGCCUUUUCGACCAUGACAACCACUCUAGCUCUUUCUGGAAUUGUUGGUUACCAUACUGUAUGGGGAGUGACUCCUGCCCUCCACUCUCCUCUAAUGUCUGUCACAAAUGCCAUUUCGGGAAUCACUGCUGUAGGAGGACUUCUGCUCAUGAAUGGAGGGUACUAUCCCACCAACUCAGUAGAGGCUCUUGCUGCUUCUGCUGCAUUCAUAUCAUCUAUCAACAUUUUUGGUGGUUUUAUUGUUACCAAGAGAAUGCUUGACAUGUUCAAACGGCCAAAUGAUCCUCCAGAAUACAAUUACUUGUACACACUUCCUGCUGCCGCCUUUCUGGGUGCUUAUGGCUACGGUGUGGCUGCUGGAGCUUCGGAAAUUCACCAAAUGGCCUCUCUCGCGUCUUCCCUGUGCUGUGUGGGAGCACUAGCUGGCUUGAGCUCCCAGAGCACAUCCAGACUGGGAAAUAACUUAGGAAUGAUUGGAGUUUCUGGUGGUAUAGCAUCGACUCUUGGAUACAUGGCCCCAAACCAUGAGGUUUUGGCCCAAAUGGUUGCUUGCAUGGCCAUUGGUGGUGCUGCUGGCACAGCAAUCGCCAAGAAAAUUGAUAUUACAGAUCUUCCCCAACUUGUUGCUGCAUUCCACAGUCUGGUAGGCCUUGCUGCAGUGUUGACUUGUGGUGCCACAUUCCUCCAUGACUUUCCCACGCUGGCUACUGACCCGGCUGCUAAUGUAAUUAAGACUGCCCUCUUUUUGGGAACAUUCAUUGGUGGUGUCACAUUCAGUGGGUCUCUUGUUGCCUACGGCAAGCUUCAGGGACUCCUGUCCUCCUCCCCACUGCUGCUGCCGGGUCGCCACGCCCUGAACCUUAGUUUGCUGGCAGCUAAUGCAGCAGCCAUGGGCUACUUCUUUUAUGACCCCUCUUUGACAGCUGGCCUUGCCAUGCUGGGUGCCACAGGCGUACUAUCCUCGACUAUGGGUGUCACUCUCACUGCAGCUAUCGGAGGAGCUGACAUGCCUGUGGUGAUUACUGUAUUGAACAGUUACUCUGGGUGGGCCUUGUGUGCUGAAGGGUUCAUGCUCAACAACAAUCUGAUGACGAUUGUUGGGGCUCUGAUUGGAUCAUCAGGAGCAAUUCUCUCUCACAUUAUGUGCAAGGCAAUGAAUCGGUCAUUACCAAGUGUCAUCCUUGGUGGGUACGGCACAUCAUCCACCGGCUCAGGAAAGCCAAUGGAAAUAACAGGAACUCACACUGAAGUGUUUGUUGACAAUGUGGCAGAAAUGAUCAGUAAUGCCAAGAACAUUGUCAUUACUCCAGGAUAUGGUCUUUGUGUUGCCAAAGCUCAAUACCCCCUUGCUGAGAUGGUCUCACUCCUUAAAAGCAAGGGCAAGAAAGUUCGAUUUGGCAUCCACCCUGUGGCUGGUCGUAUGCCAGGUCAGUUAAAUGUUCUCCUUGCUGAGGCUGGUGUGUCCUAUGAUGAUGUCCUGGAAAUGGAAGAGAUCAAUGACGACUUCAAAGAAACAGAUUUGGUUUUAGUCAUUGGAGCCAAUGACACAGUCAACAGUGCUGCUGAAGAUGACCCAAAUUCAAUUAUUGCUGGAAUGCCAGUUCUUCGUGUUUGGAAUGCGGAACAGGUGGUGGUUAUGAAGAGAUCUCUCGGUGUUGGUUAUGCAGCUGUCGACAAUCCAAUCUUUUACAAACCCAAUACCUCAAUGCUUCUUGGAGACGCCAAGAAAACUUGUGAUGCUCUUCUUAACAAGGUCAAGGAGAUGUAUGCAAACUAAUUUUCUAUCUAAAGUGCACCUUAUUCAGCUUCAGCUGCACUCAGAAGCUUCCCAAUUUGUGAUUUGUCAAGAUUUCGCCUUCAUCUACAUCAUUUAAAUCCUCCUAGACUGACCAGUGCCAUCUAUAUGAUAUUGAUCAAUUUUUGUUUUGAUUUUGGUGACAAAAAUGUGUUGCCAUUUGAUUUUUUUUUCUUUUGUGUUUCAAAAACUUGAAUUUCUAAUCAAUGACUGAUAUUUUAAUGAAAGUAAGGGCCAAUAAUCAUUUAAAGUUUCUUAUUUUCUCAGACUGGAUUUAUUAGUUUUAUCAAUGUUUCAGUCAUUUUGUGUCAAUGAUAUUUUUGUGUCUGUGUGAUUAAUGUAUUUUCCUUUUAAAUGAAUGUUUGUACCUGUUUUUUUUUUUUUGUUUUUUGGUGUUUAUUUAGAUGUUUUUUCAAACUUGUGCCCUCCUUUUGUACCUAUACACUUUUUUGAUGUGCCUUGUAUCACUUGCCGCUGUUUUACAUUCUUUAAAAAAAUGCUCUUGUUUAUGUAAGUACCUUUUAUGCAUUCCUAUCGUCUGCAGAAGUUUUCAAUGGCAAAUCUAUCACGUGGACUUGUGGAAGGUGUGGACAAAUGCGUUCUGUGGUACGACUGUCAUCAAAGUUAAAAUUUCAUGUCUGUUUUUUAUUUUAUUUUUUUCUUUAGCCAGUUGCAUAUGUUUAAUCUCAUUUCUUCAAAUCCCAUCGAUAUUCAUACUCGUUUUCCUUACUUCUUGCUUGAGUUCUAAUAGCAAGUGUGAUAGUGCCAACAAAAGUGAUUUUUCCUAUAUUCUGCUGUAUGCUUAAGUUUUGCUCCUUAUGUAAUGGAUUAUGUUGUAUGUCUCAUAACAUUCCUCAUGGCUGUCAUGUGAAUAUGAGUAUGUAAAUGCUGUUUGUAUAAUAUUCAGUUUGUGUAGAAAAUGUCUAGCCUCUAUGUUUUGAGCUCAACUUAAUUAUGGUUAGAUCUGCGCCAGGAAGUGUAACACACCUGGCCACAACUUUUCUUUCUUUUCCUAUAAGGUUUAUCUGUGUUGUUCCUUAAAAAUUUUUAAACCUUGACCUUACUCUAUAAGUGUACAGCUUUGCUAUCUCAGAUAUUUUAAAAAUAAAACAAUGCUUCUGAAA